AUGAAUAGAAAACCCGGCGACUGGGACUGCGGCGCCUGCCAGCACCUCAAUUUCAGCCGGCGUGAUUCCUGUCAGAGAUGCGGCGAGCCCAGGUCCGGCGACCGCCCCGAGUACGGCGGCUUUGGCGGCGGCUUCGGCGGCGGCCGGAGCGAGUACGGCGGCUUUGGCGGCGGCCGGAGCGAGUACGGCGGCUUUGGCGGCGGCCGGAGCGAGUACGGUAGCUUCGGCAGUGGCCGGGGAGGCUCCUCCUUCGGCGCCGGCGGCGGCUCUUCCUUCGGCGCCAGCGGGGGCUCUCCCUUCGGCACCGGCGGCUCCGACGUCCGGCCAGGCGACUGGUACUGCCCCUGCGGCUACCAUAACUUCGCCAGCCGCUCCACCUGCUUCAAGUGCGGGGCUUUCAAGGAUGAAACCACCGCCGGCUUCGACGGCGGUGACGCUCUUCGCUCGCGCGGGUACGGGUUCGGCGGUGCCGGUGGUGGCGCCAGCGCUGCCCGCGCCGGAUGGAAGUCCGGCGACUGGAUCUGCACCAGGUGAACAUCUCUCUCUCUCUCUCUCUCUCAGCAAGAAGACAACGAUUGAACCAUCACAGAGAUCGGUCCCGCAGCCCAACGAUCCGAGUUUUCUCGAUCGGUCUCUCCCUCUUUCCCCAUCUCUAGCUAUUUAAGUUGAUUUAUCUCUCUUUGUGAUCAUGGAUGGGAUUCACUGCUGUUCAGGACGGGCUGCAACGAGCACAACUUCGCGAGCAGGAUGGAGUGCUACAGGUGCAACGCGCCGCGGGAGGCCGGUAAUCAUCUUCCUCGCGGCGGAGCUCAGCCGUGCUCGUGA